GCAUACAUAUAUAUAUCUUUUAUAAGGCGCAUGCGCUGUGCGUGUGUUGGUGCGCACCUAUCGGUAUUUGCUAUCUUUUGCCGCGGCGACGACGCACCCUAACGCGCAUAACCACUCAUAGAAGGGAACGACUUCUCCCCAAGGACAUACAAAGCAAAAUUGUAAAACCCCAAACAACAUAUAUUACUUCAUAGUGAACCAUGUUUAGCCGCCGCUCCAUCCAUACGGCCGCAGCCGCCCUCGCCGGCGCCUCCGUCGCCACCGCCGUCACCUCCCCCACGUCGCAGACGUGGCUCACCAUCACGGGCGACGCCGCCAGCUCACACGUGAAUGGCCGUCCAUGGACGCUGCGCGUGCCGCUCGAGGUGGGUGUUGGCCCGUCCUCCUCGUCGUCGCCCGCGUCAUCGUGGAACGCCGCCGGGUACACGGGGCACGGGGUGCUGCGCCGCUCUCGCACGCUCCUGGCACCGCACGGAGCACCCACGCAUGCGUCUGGCACAGCAACGGCAGUCCAAGGCGACGAAGAAACACGCGGUCCCUAUGACGUGACGAUUGACGAGGCCCUCCUCGGCAAAGAAGGUGGGGGGAGCAGCGCGGCGGCGACGACAACAAAGAUAUCAACGGUGCGUGAUCUUGUCCGACUGCUGGUGGACCCCGACGUGGGGACGGGGGUCGAGGCGGUCCCCCUCCGCGACUUUGCGGCCAUGGCGCCAAAGCGGCAGCUCCGUGCGGUGAACAACGACCACGAUUGUCUCAGCAUUUUACUGAACAGUGAACGCUAUCAGAGCGAGAAGGACGCGCGUGCGCUGCGUCUGAUCGGCGUGACGACGGUGGGGCAGUGGCGGGAGCAGCCGGAUCGCGUCUCGCUUAGCGCCUACGGUCGCGGUCUGCUGGACACGGCGUACAGCGCCCUCGCACGCACGCGGCAGCAGUCGCAGAAAGAUUUGGUCGUGGCGUGGCUGACGCGCACAAUCCAGCGCGCCGUCGCCGAGGAGCUGAUGGCUCCGAAGAUGCUCCCCUCCGGCGUGGACGAUGGUCGUGCCGCCGGCACCGCACAGAUCCAGACUCCGUCCGUGGCAGGCGCGGAAAAACGAGCGUCGCCGCUGUUGAUGCACGUGGACGCGGGCGGGAGCACCGAGGCGGAUACCGCUUACACGACCACCUUCUCGACGCCUGACAAGGAGGUAAGUGGAGGAGAGAAGAAGAAGGCGGAAGCGCAUGAGGAUGAAGAUGAAGAUGAUGCCCCUGCGGCUACUGCAUCACGUCGCCGCAGUCCUCGUCAGCGCACGGCCCCUGCGCCGGCAGACGACGUCCACGAGGAGUCAGCGGCAACAGCGGCGCAAGAUGAGGAAGACGAGGAAGCGGCGGACGACGCUGUCGAAGAGAUUCUUGAAGAGGUGGAGGCGGAGCGGGGAGAAGAGGUGGAUGCGGAAAUGGCUGGCCUGAUGACGGAGGCGGAAGCUAUUCUGCAAGGAGGCGGAGCAACACCCACCACCACCACCGCAAAGUCUACGCCCCCUGCGAAGGCGGCGCCGGUGGCGACAGCAGCCGCCGGUACGAGCGCCGCGCAGACGUAUUCGAAAGGAGCACCUGCGGAAGAAGACGCUGCAGCAACCGGCGAAGAGGAAGAAGAGGUGGAAGAGGUCGUCGAGGAGGAGGUGGAGGAAGAGGAGGAGGAGGGGCACGACGAGGCGGAGCCGGCGCCCGCACUGCCACAGCCUGCAGCAUCCGCAACCGCAAUCACGGCUACGACCGCCCAGCAGAAGGAGAAGCUGGCACGCCUCGCCGAGCUCAUGCUUAAGCAGUUCAACACCGCGGACGGAUACCUGCACCCCACCAACAAGGCCGAGCGCACGGAGCAGGAGCAGCGCGGCGACAUUCUCGUGCUGGACGAGGACACCGCCCAGGUGGAUCCGCUGAGUAUGUUCAGCGCCUACCACGCAGCCACUGUGACGGAGGCCGAUCCGAUUGGGGUGCGGGCGCUGAAGACGAUUUGGACGUCGUACAACAGGCAUCAGGUGGCGCUCGAGGAGGCGGGCGACGCGGCCGCCGCAGACUUCUACAAGCACGCGAGCGUUAACGCGCUGCUGUACGGCUCGGUGCUGAUGCGUGCCCUGGCGCGGGAGGAGCCGGUGGUGGUGCUGGAGGGCACCGCACUGCCGCGCUACGGCUUCCCGCUGGUGUCCUCCGACACACGACCCUUUUACUCCUCCCCCACCACCACCGCAGGACAAGCGGCAGCGGCAGCAGCGUCUUCUGCAUCGUCUACGGUGACGGACAUGACGCCGGGGAAGGUGCCGACUGCGAUGCAGGCGUACAAGGCCCUCUUCAACGAUAAAGCGAAGCGCUACUCCCCCUUCCGCCCCGCCGUGGACCAGAACGCUGGCUGCAGCGUUGUGCGGCUGUCCGGCACCACGUUGCACCUCUACUUCACCUCCACGAAAGACCACGUCAUGGAGGAGGAGGUGCGGCUGCCGUUUGCGGAGGUGAUGCUGGGCAUGCUGCACCUGCUGCGGCAGAAGGUGCUGCCCCGCAUCAACGUGGUGCACUACCACCUCAUCGCGACGAAGCUGGCGGAUGCGACCGCCGACACAAACUUCAUGCUGCGCUCGACGGCUACCCUGGACUUGACGAACCCCUUCACAAAGGAGGAGCACACACGGCUGAAGGCGCUGGCCGCCCCGCUCGGUAUGUCGGAGGAGAUGGACGAGUUCCGCUGCAUCGAUGAUUUAGUGAUGGAGAUUGAGGACAACUCCGGUGCCUCCGUGGUGCACAGUCUGCUGCACAACCGCGAAGAUUUGGAGGCGACGCUGACGGCCACGCUGGCGCAGCUGCUGCCCGAGGACGUGGAGGCCGAGGCGAGGGGCGAGAAGGCGACGACGUCCGCAGCGACGGAAGGGGAGGAGGAAGCCGGGGAAGAAGAGGAAAUGGAGGAGGAGGAGGAAGCGUCCCCACCUCCUCCUCCCGCACCACCAGCAGCUGCGGUCUCACGGAAGGAAAAGGCGGCUGUGGGUUAUGGAACGCACGCCGCCUCCGCGCGUCGCACCGUCGCACCGUCCGUGACAGCAGCAGCGGCAGAGGCAGAGGAGGACGACGCGAUCGAAGAGGAAGACGAAGAUGCGGAUGAAGGGACAAUGCAGGUUCGCGACGAAGAAGAAGACGUGAAAGCAGCGGAGGACGAUGAUGAAGAGCUGGAGGUGGUGGAAGAGGAAGAGGACGAUGGCGAAGACAGCGUAGCACCGCAGCCCGUUGCACGCGGCCCAUCCCGUGGGAAGCAAAGUCAGGUGCAUCACCCUGCACCUCCAGUGGCGCCGACAACUCGACGCUCCGCGGCUCGUCCCACAGGUCCCUCCUCCGCGUCAACAUCUGCCGUACGGGGAGACCUGGAAGACGAAGAAGCGGAGCUGGAGGAGGCCAUCUACUCCCAGUGGCAGAAGCACAAGGCGCAGCAGCAACGGCGACACACUCCUGUUGGUGGUAGCAGCGGUCCUGCCAGAGGCAUCAAGGCAACUUCAGCCGCUCGCGCUGCGGUGGCGCCCGAAGUGGACGAAGGCGUGGAAGCGGAAGAGGAAGUGGAAGGGGAGGAAGAGGAGGUGGAAGAGGCGAAGGUGCCUUCACCGCCGGCAGGGGCGCGCAUGACACGAUCCUCCGCGUACCAGCAUCCUCCUCCACCAGCUGCCGCUUCCCCGGCGAAUUCUUCACGACGCGGCAUCGCCCCUCACACACGCGCGGCGACGACUGCCGUUGAAGAGGAGGAAGAGGAAGUGGAAGAGGAAGAAGAAGUGGAAGAGGAGGUGGAAGAGGAAGAGGAAGAGGAAGAGGAGAUGGAAGUGGUGACGGCGCCGGUGCUCCCGCGCAGCCCUGCCGGUCGUCGUGCCGUCCCAGUGGAGGAGGUGGCAGCAGUGACAACCCCACCGCGUCGCUCUCCACCGUCACCACCGCAGCAGCAGCAGCCCAUCUCACCGGUUAGUGCGUCCACCGCCGCGCCUGGACGAGCACGCGGACCGCCGUUGGUUCCUCCUCGAGCACCCGCAGCAGCAACACGGAAGACGCUGGAGGAAGACGCCGGGGUAGAGCAGCAGGACGAGGAUGUCCCUCCGUCACUUCCGCAAGUGCGCACGCGUCGCGGGGCGGCACGGCGGCACUCCGCCCGCGCUCGCCUGGCGGUGCAGAUGGACGAGGAAGCCACCCACCGCGCCAGCGUCAGCGAGGACGGCGGCAGCGAGCCCAACAGCGCGACUGCGGAUGACGAUCAAUGGUUCCGAAAGAAGCCGAAGCGGCGUUACUUCGAGUAA